CUUUGCGUCUCUCUAUGGCGCAGCGCGGCCCGCCGCUUUCCGGCCCGGCUCGGGCUCCGUCGUGACCGCGGGGAGAUGGCUUUACGGCAGCCACUGGCCAGUUCGAGUUGCGAGAUGAGGCCGCAGCAGCCGCCUGUUGCCAGCAAGGUCUUUGUCCAGCGGGACUACAGCAGUGGCACCAAAUGCCAGUUCCAGACCAAGUUUCCUCCAGAAUUGGAGAAUCGAGUCGACAGGCAGCAGUUUGAAGAAACAGUGCGAACUCUAAACAAUCUUUAUGCAGAAGCAGAGAAGCUUGGGAGCCAAUCUUACCUUGAAGGGUGCCUGGCCUGCUUGACUGCCUACACUAUAUUCUUGUGCAUGGAAACACAUUAUGAAAAGGUUCUGAAGAAGAUUGCCAAGUACAUUCAGGAACAGAAUGAGAAGAUCUAUGCCCCACAGGGCAUCCUCCUGACGGACCCCAUUGAGAGAGGGCUCAGAGUUAUUGAAAUUACCAUUUAUGAAGACAGAGGUGUGAAUAGUGGGAGAUAAAUCCUGAGGUCCAAGGUUCCAGCUUUUGUUCCAGAAAGUUCCCCUACCUCCUCCAUCAUAACAUCAUUCCUUUCUUCUGCCGCCAACCCCAUGGUGCCAUCUACCACAAAGACUUAACUUCUCAAAAUCCUACUCCUUCACAGCAAAAUCCCAUGGACAGGAUAGCAUCCAUUUUGUGUCAUAUGGGUAAGCCAAAAGCAAUGGCGUCUGCCUGGUAGCUUUAGCUUCCAAGGACCAGUUGAGCAGCCAUACGAGUCAGUGGGCACAAGACCAGACUGGAGUCGGCUGAGGGCUGAGUGGCUCCUUUUGCAAGCGCUCGGAUUUUGUCAGCUGUUCGGGAAGAAAGCAGCAGUGCGGCAUAGGCAGCUGAAUCUCCAGAAAUGAGGCCCAUGUUUGUGAAGUGGCAGCAGGGUGUUUCUCUGCUUGUUCAGAGGAGACUUGGAACAAAUACCAUCUUGAGUUGAAGCCUCCUGUGGUGGUAACAGCAACAAUGCAAAAAGGCUUUCAUUUUUAACACUUCACCAAGAGCUAGUGCAGUCUCCGGGACACGAAGUCCUCUGCUUUCACUGUGUCUUUCAAGAGAGGAGAAGGUCAAUGGUUUGUUUCGUUCAAUGCGCGGAAGUGCAGCAGCCCAAAUGUAUGCUGUGCCAGUCAGUGUAACCGCCCCCUGCUCUCUCCACCCCUUUUCAAGUGUUGAAUAUGUGAGCUAGGUAAUAAAUGGCUUUUUCAGUUUUGUUAGCAGUUAAAAAGUUUUAGGGCAAGCUGGUAACUUGACUAGAAAUGGUGUUAUGAUAGCGCUUUGUUUUAGAUCUCUCUCACACAGUGUGCAACUCAGCAGCCUGUAGUACUUCCACUUGCAUUCAACAUUCCUCUAGCAACACUUACAAAAUAUAUAGAAGAUUUUAGUCUUCUGAGUUGAUACCUUCUUAUGGAUCAAGUGUUUUUCUCCGUUCAUCCAAGUGGGCCCUUGAGUAGAGGCCAGCAAGAGUCGCUCAGCCGCUUGACAGUUGCUGUCGCCUCCCAUGUCCAGGAAUUCAAGGCUUUGCCAAACGAGACCACCUACAAAACGGAUAGAAUAUUUCACUUCUUGAGCGAUUCAAAAAGCCAGUAGUGAAUCAGGGUCUUUAGGUGGAUUAUUCUUCAAUACCUAUUUGCUGGUUUCUUUAUCCUUUCCUCUAGAAGUCUGUUUAAUAUUUAAGUGUACAAAACACCUGUUGUUGUUUUUCUAAACUGUAACAGUGUUCUGCCUUUUGCACCCGUUACAAUCAGUUUUGAGAAAUAUUAAUGGAUUGAUAACUUUUUUUCUUAAAUAAAUUUUGUCAUUUGCUAGCA